UCUCCCCUGUCCUCCACUGUCCUGUCCCUCUUUUCCCAGCUGGUCGGUCCGUCCCGGACGCGCCGCUGGUCCUCUCGGGCUCCUCUGGGCAGCACGCCCCGAUCCCGCUACCGCGCCCCCGACGCCGCCCCAGCUCCAUCCCAGGGGACUGUGUCUCUGAGCAUCUGGGACUUCGCGGGCCCGGCCCGGCCCGGCCCCUCCGCCGUCUUCAUGCUGCCGACCCUGCGCGUCAUGGGCAGCCCCCGCUCGGUGCUGAGCUGUUUGCUGUUGCACUUGUUGGUCCUCUGCCUCCAAGCCCAGACUGGCUUGGGAACUGGAGCGGGCUGGAGACGGGACAUGCUCCGGGCGGGCAGGCAACCGGCAGGGUUGACACAGGAGGUAACUGUUCAGUCCCCACCUAAUUUUACACAGCAUGUGAGGGAGCAGAGCCUGGUGACGGAUCAGCUCAGCCGGCGCCUCAUUCGGACCUACCAGCUGUACAGCCGCACCAGUGGGAAGCACGUGCAAGUCCUGGCCAACAAACGAAUCAAUGCAAUGGCAGAGGAUGGAGACCCCUAUGCCAAGCUCAUAGUAGAGACGGACACCUUUGGAAGCCGAGUGCGAGUUCGGGGGGCCGAGACAGGCCUCUACAUCUGCAUGAACAAGAAGGGAAAGCUGAUUGCCAAGGGCAACGGCAAAGGGAAGGACUGCGUCUUCACAGAGAUCGUGCUGGAGAACAACUACACGGCUCUGCAGAACGCCAAGUAUGAAGGCUGGUACAUGGCCUUCACCCGCAAGGGCCGGCCCCGGAAGGGCUCUAAGACCCGGCAACACCAGCGAGAGGUCCACUUCAUGAAGCGGCUGCCCAAAGGUCACCACACCACAGAGCAGAGCCUUCGGUUUGAGUUUCUCAACUACCCCCCCUUCACCCGAAGCCUCCGGGGCCAAAGGACUUGGGCUUCUGAGCCCCGAUAGGGCCCCCACCCCUCCCCAGGACUUUGAGUAGAGACUUUUCUCUUAAGAGGAUAACAGAGCAGCUAAACAGAACAAACGACGUGGGGAGGGGGGAGGGGAUUCCUGGGUUCUAGAUGUGGAUAAUUGUUUGCUGUUGGGUUGUUUUUUUUUUUUUUUUAACAAAAAGAAAAAAAGAGGCUUUAUUUUUGUAUUC